GUGAGAGGGCCGCGUUUCAUCCCGUGGGUGGAGGGGCAACGCGGCCCCCGCGCCCACCGGCGCCCUGCGUGGAGGGGGGGAGAGGACUCGGUGCAGUAACAUGGCUGCCAGGGCCCAUCCUCCUCCCCAGGCAUCUGCGGGGGGAGGGGAACAUCACGGGCCUUUCCCCCCCCACCCCAGAGCCUGUGCUCUAUGGUUCCCUGUGGGGGCAGAGCGGCUGAUUGACGUCCCGUCAUGCCUCUGGUGCCACAGAGGACGACCAAUGGCGGGAGGGCAUAAAGGAAACGCGUUAGAGCGGGGGCUGGCCUGUUGCUUCUUGCGCUGGUGCAUUGUGGGGUAGUGGAGGACCUGCGUUGCGGAUGGACGGGGAGUCGAGCCGUGGGGCUGUCAUGGCGACUAACAUCGAGCAGAUCUUUCGGUCCUUUGUGGUCAGCAAGUUCCGGGAGAUCCAGGAGGAGCAGGAACAGCAGCAGCAGCUGGGCGGUGGAAAGGUAGAAGGCCAGCAGAAUGGUGAAACAAUCCCAGCUGAGCAAGCAAACACUUCAGAUGACACAGUUACGGGUGCUGGGAGUCUUCAGAAUGAUCAGAUAGUUCAGAAAAUAGAGGAAGUACUGUCUGGGGCCCUUGAUACAGAGCUACAGUGUAAAUCAGGUGUGGAGGAAGAUUCAGUGAAAAAUAGCUCUCCAUCUACAAAAAGAGGCCCUACUGAUGAAGUAGAAGAUGAAAUUCCAAGAAAAAAGUCAAAAAAGAACAAGAAACACAAAAGCAAGAAGAAGAAGAAGAAAAAGAAGAAGAAAAGGAAGAAAGAAAAAAAACACAAAAAGCAGCCAAAGGAAUCAAAAUCAAGUGCACAGUAUGGAGAGCAUGCAGAUUUACAACCUGUUUCUCACUCAAAAACAGAAAAAUUGGGCUCAAAGUUGAUCACACAGCAUGGAGGACAUGCAGAUUCAGAUCUUGCUGGUCAAAUGCAGCCAGGAGAAUUGGGCACAAAAUUGAGUGCAGAGUACAUGGGGCAUUCAAUUAAAAGACUCUCACCUCAUUUGCUAUCAGAUUCUGAAUCAUCUGUGGAAAAACUUGGGAGUGAAAAAACAAACUUGGUCUUGACUGAUACACACAGUACAUUCAGUUCAGAAACCAGCAAAUUGGAUACCCAGGAAGAAAAUACUAGUACAAUGAAAAUUCAAGAGCAAGCUAAAGUAAAAUUAUUGGUGAAUAAGACUCAUGAAAGUAUAUAUCAUAUAGCUAUUAAUAUGAAUGCAAAGGGUGGACCUUUACCAGUUAAAGACACUGAAAAUGGUACUGUGUCUACCAGCAGUACUGGAGUUGCUGGUAAAUCUGAAAUUGAAAAGGAUUUGGGGGCUAUUCCAGCCUCUGAGAUAACAGAAGAACUAAAAGAUUCAGAAGCUACUUCAGAAGCUACUCUGAAAUCGGUGGGCAUGGUGGAAGUGAAAGACUUAGAAACAACCUUAGAAUCUGAGGCCAUGGCAAAGAUUAAAUUUUCAGAAGCAAUUUUAAAAUCUCUGACUAUGGUGAAUUCAGAGGGUUUGGAGGCCCCUCUAGAAUCUGUGGCUGGGACAAAUGAUUUGGUAGAAACUCCAACAUCUGUAGUUGUAAUGGAGAUGAAAGCUUUGGAAGAAACCACAGAAUCUGUUGUCAUGACAGAUAUGAAAGGUUUGGAAGCACCUCUAGGAACUAUGGGUGUGGCAGAGGCAAAAAGUUUGAAAGGCAGUCUUGAAUUUGUGACUGUGCCAGAUGAUUUGGUAGCAACUUCAAAAACUGUGGCCAAGGCAGAGGUGAAUGGUUUGGAAGCAACUUCAAAAUCUGCAUCUGUGGUGGAGGUGAAAGGUUCAGGAGUCGUCCUAGAACCUGUGGCCACGCAGGAGGUGAAAGAUUUAGGAAGAACCCUAGAAUAUAUAGCCCCGGGAAAAGAUUCAGAAACAACACUAGAAGCUGUUAUGAAUGCAAAAGAUUUGGAAGCAGCUCUAAAACCUGUGAUGGAGAUGAAAGAUUUGGAAGUAACUCCAGAAUCUGUACACAUGGAGGAGGUGAAAGGUGCAGAAAGAACCCCAGAAUCUCUGGCUAUGGCAAUAGAUUUGGAAGGAACCCUCAGACCUGCUCCUGUGGCGGAGGCAAAAGAUUCAGAUGCAGCAUCACUGUCUCUGCAAAUAGAAGAUAAGAAACAGUCAAAAGGAUUCCUAGAAUCUGUGGCAAUGGCAAAAGGUCCAGAAACAAUCCUAGACCCUGUAGGGAUGGCAAAAGGUCUAGAAACAAUCCUAGAACCUGCAGGGGUGACAGAGGUGAAAGAUUUGGAAGGAAUUCCAGAAUCUCUGCACAUACAAGAUAUGGAAGAUUUGGAAGCAUCCUUAGAACCUGUGGUCAUGACAUCAGGUCUGGAAGUGGCUCUAGAACAUGUGGCUGUGGCAAAAGGUGCAACUCCACUUUCUAUGCAAAUGGAAAAAGUGAAAGAUGUGGAAGGAGCCCUAGUAGAAUCUGUGGCAGUGGGAGAAGUUUCAGAAGCAGCCCUAGAACAUGUUGUCUUGGCAGAGAAUAAAGGUGUGGAACCAACUUCACCAUCUCUGCAAAUGGAAGAUGUGAAAGAUUCGAAAGGAGCCCUAGAAUCUAUUUCCUUGGAAGAAGGCUCAGAAGCAACCCAGAAACCAGUGACAGAGGCAAAAGACUUGGAAGUAAUCCUAGAAUCUGUCUCAGGGGUGAAAGGUUCAGAACCAGCACCGCUGUCUCUGCAGAUGGAAGAUGUGAAAGGUUCAGAAGGAGGUGUAAAAUCUUUGGCCAUGGCAAAAGGUUCAAAACCAACCCUAAAAGCUGUGGCUGUAUGGGAGGGAAGAGGUUCAGAAGCAGCCCUAGAACAUGUUGUCUUGGCAGAGAAUAAAGGUGUGGAACCAACUUCACUAUCUCUGCAAAUGGAAGAUGUGAAAGAUUCGGAAGGAGCCCUAGAAUCUAUUGCCAUGGAAGAAGGCUCAGAAGCAACCCAAGAACCAGUGACAGAGGCAAAAGACUUGGAAGUAAUCCUAGAAUCUGUCUCGGGGGUGAAAGGUUCAGAACCAGCACCGCUGUCUCUGCAGAUGGAAGAUGUGAAAGGUUCAGAAGGAGGUGUAAAAUCUUUGGCCAUGACAAAAGGUUCAAAACCAACCCUAAAAGCUGUGGCUGUGUGGGAGGGAAGAGGUUCAGAAGCAACUCUGCUGUCUCUGGAAAUGGAGAAUGUGAAAGAUUCAGAAGAAGCCUUAGAAUCUGUGGGCAGGGCAAGAGGUUCAGAACCAACCUUAGAACCUGUGGCCAUGGUAGAGGCUAAAGGUCUGGAAGUUCUCUCUCUGCAAAUGAAGAAUGUGAAAGAUUCAGAAGGAGCCCUAGAAUCUCAGGCCAUGGCAAAAUAUUUAGAGGCAACUCUAGAACCCGUGGCAGAGGUGAAAGAUUCGGAAGCAAUGCUUCGGACUCUGCAAAUGGAAGAUGUGGAAGAAUUAGAAGGAACCCUAGAAUCUGUCGUGGCGGCAAAAAGUUCAGUUGCAACCCUAGGGCCUGUGGCCAGGGCGGAGGAGAAAGGUGCAGAAACACCUCCACUAUCUCUGCAAAUAGAAGAUGUGGCAGAAUCAGAAGGAGUCCUAGAAUCUAUGUCUGUGGUGAAGUUGAAGGCUUUGGAAGCAGCCUUUGAGUCUGUAGUCAAGGUAGAGGUGAAGGAUUUAAAUAAACUUGUACAAGCUGAGUCUGAGGUCACAGCUCAGUUUAAAGAUUUGGAAGCAUUUCCCAAAUUUCUGUGCAUGGAGGCAGAUUCGGUAAUAACUCCAGAAUCAGAGACAACAUCGAAAGUGAAAAACGUGGAAAUAAUUGGACAAUCUGAAUCACUGGCAGAAGUGAAAGAUUUGGAAACCACCCCAGAAUCUGAGGCAGUGGCAGAGUCAAAGGAUUCAGAAACAACUACAGAAAGUCAGGUGGUGAUGGAAGUAAAAGAUUUGAAAACAAUUCCAGAGUCCCAAGUCAUGACAGAAGUGAGUGACUUGAAAAUAUCUCCACAUACUGAGGUGGAGGUGAUGAAAAGUUUUGAAACAGCUGCAAAGUCUGAUGCCACUGUAAUAGAGGUGGAAGAUUCUGAAUCAACUCUGGAAUCUAGGGCAGUAGUAGAGGUGAAAUAUCUGGAAGUCACACCGGAAUCUGAGGCAAUAACUGGCAUAAAAUAUGCUAAAAAAUUUCUAGAAUCUGAGGCCAAGACAGAGUUGAAACAUUCAGAAGCUACCCCAGAAUUUUUACACUUUCCAGGCUUGAAAGAUUCUGGAAAAACUUCAGGACCUGAGGUGAUGAUACAAAUGAAAGGUUCAAAAACAGCUAAAAAAUCGGAGCCAAUCCCUCUGGUGAAAGAUUCUGAAGCUAGUCGAGAAUUGCUGCAUAUAGUGGUAAAAGAUUUGCAAUCAACUCUAGAACCUGAGACUGUGACAGUGGUGAAAGAUUUGAAGGAAACUCUUGAGUGUGAGAUGGUGGUGGCGAAAGAUUUAGAAACAACCCUAAAAUCUGAAGCAAUCAUGGAUGUAAAGCAUUCUAAGACUGCUCCAGAAUCUUUGUAUAAAGCAAAGGUAAAGGAUUCAGAAGCAGUUCCAGAAUCUCUCUACUCAUCGAAGGUGAAAGGUGCGGAAUUAGCUCUAGAACGGGAGGCGGCAGCAAAGGUGAAAGAUUUGAAAGAAGCCCUAGAAUCUAAGGUCAUGGUAGAAGUGAAAGAUUUGGAAGCCGCUUCAGAAUCUGUGGUCAGGAUGAAGGUAAAAGAUUUGGAAGAAAUUCCAGAACAUUGGCAGCCAAUGGGUGUGAAAAUUUUGGAAGCAUCUCCGGAAUCUGAGGAAACAUUAGAAGUAAAAUAUUUAGAAACAACUCCAGAAGCUCAGGUGUUGACAGAGAUGAAAGUUUUGGAAGAAACUCUGGAAUCUCUGCACACCACAGAGGUGGAGGAGCUAGAAAAAAUUACAAAAUCUAUGCCAAUGGUAGAGGUGAAGGAAUCUGAGGCUCUGAUGGAUCUGAAAUUCUCAGCAACAACUCUAAAAUCUGAUAAAACAGUGGAGGUCAAAAUUUUGGAAGAUACACCAGAAUCUUUGACGGUGGAAAAUAUACAAAAUUCAAAAGCAUAUCUAGAAUCUCUGCACACAGAGGAAAUGAAAGAUUUGGAAGCCGAUCUAGAAGCUGAGACUGCAACAGAUCUGAAGGAUUUGGAAGAAACUUUGGGCACUGUGCAGGUGAAAUAUUCAGAAGCAGUUUUGAAAUCUGUGGGUAUAGCAGAGAGAAAACAUUUGGAAACAACUGUAGAAAGUCCUAAUGCAGUGCUAGAUUUGAAAACCGUUUUAGAGCCUCAACACACUGUGGAUCUGAAACUUCUGGAAACUCCUGAGAUUCCUGAGUUAAGAGUGGAGGUGAAAGUUUCUGAAGCAGCUCUAGAAUCUGAGGCUAUUACAGAGGUAAAUAACUUGCGAGCUACUCCAGAGUCUGUGGCCACAGUGGAGGAUUUGAAUGCAGUUCCAGAUUCUCUUCACACAGUAAACAUGAAUAAUUUGGAAGCAACUCCAGAGUUGGUGACAGCUGCAAAGGUGAAAGACUUGGAAACAGCUCCAGAAUCUGUGGUGGCAGUAGCAGAGGUGAAGGAUUUACAAGCAGCUCCAGAAUCGGCAGCAGUGGUGAAAGAUUUGGAAGCAGCUCCAGAACAUGUGACAGUGCUGGCAGAGGUGAAAGAUUCAGAACUAGUUCCAGAUUCUCUGCAUACCAUAGAUGUGAAAGAUUCUGAAACAAUUCCAGAAUUGGUGGUGGUGGUUUCAGAAGCAAAAGAUUCAGCAGCAGCUCUGGAAUCUGUGGUGGCAGUGGCGGAGUUGAAAUACUCAGAAACAAGUCCAGAAUCUGUGGUGGUGACUGCAGAAAUGAAAGAUUUAGAAGCAGCUCUGAAAUCUGUGGUGGCGGCGGCAGAGGUGAAGGAUUUGAGAGCAGCUCCAGAAUCUUUGGCUGCAGAGGUGACAGACUUGGAAGCAGCCUCAGAUUUUCUGUGUACUGUAGAUGUGAAAGAUUCUGGAACAAGUACAGAAUCUGUGAUGGCGGCUGAAGAAGUGACAGAUUUGGAAGCAGCUCCAGAUUUUCUGCACACUGAAGAUGUGAAAGAUUCUGAAAGAGCUCCACAAUCUGUGGUAGUUGCUGCAGAGGUGAAAGAUUCAGAAGCUGCUCCAGAAUCUGUUGUGACAGUGGCAGAGUUGAAAUAUUCAGAAACAAAUCCAGAAUCUGUGGUGGCUACUGCAGAAAUGAAAGAUUUAGAAGCUGUUUUGGAAUCUGUGGCAGUGGCAGAGGUGAAGGAUUUGCAAGUAUCUUCAGAAUCUUUGGCAGUGGUGGCAGCAGAAGUGACAGAUUUGGAAGCAGCCUCAGAUUUUCUGUGUACUGUAGAUGUGAAAGAUUCUGGAACAAGUACAGAAUCUGUGAUAGCGGCUGAAGAAGUGACAGAUUUGGAAGCAGCUCCAGAUUUUCUGCACACUGAAGAUGUGAAAGAUUCUGAAAGAGCUCCACAAUCUGUGAUAGUUGCUGCAGAGGUGAAAGAUUCAGAAGCUGCUCCAGAAUCUGUUGUGACAGUGGCAGAGUUGAAAUAUUCAGAAACAAAUCCAGAAUCUGUGGUGGCUACUGCAGAAAUGAAAGAUUUAGAAGCUGUUUUGGAAUCUGUGGCAGUGGCAGAGGUGAAGGAUUUGCAAGUAUCUUCAGAAUCUUUGGCAGCGGUGGCAGCAGAAGUGACAGAUUUGGAAGCAGCCUCAGAUUUUCUGUGUACUAUAGAUGUGAAAGAUUCUGGAACAAGUACAGAAUCUGUGAUAGCGGCUGAAGAAGUGACAGAUUUGGAAGCAGCUCCAGAUUUUCUGCACACUGAAGAUGUGAAAGAUUCUGAAAGAACUCCACAAUCUAUGGUAGUGGCUGCAGAGAUGAAGGAUUCUGAAACAACUCCAGAAUCUGUGGCAGCAGUGGCAGAUGUAAAAUACUCAGAAACAAGUCUGGAAUCUGUGAUGGCUACUGCAGAAAUGAAAGAUUUAGAAGCCGUUCUGGAAUCUGUGGCAGUGGCAGAGGUGAAGGAUUUGCAGGCUGCUCUAGAUGCUGUGGUGGCAGAGGUGAAGGAUUUGCAGGCUAUUCCAGUUUCUCUGGUGGUGGUGGCAGAUGUAGAAGAUUCAGAAGGCACUCCAAAAUCUGUGGAGGUGGCUGCAGAGAUGAAAGAUUCAGAAGCAGCUUCAGAAUCUGUGGCGAUAGUGGCAGAGAUGAAAGAUUCGCAAGCUGCUCCAGAUUCUCUGGUGGCAGAGGCAGAGGAUUCAGAAGCAGCUAGUGUUUCUCUGCAUACUUUAGGUGUGAAUGAUUCAGAAGCAGCUCCAGAAUCUGUGGUGGCUCCGACAGAGGUGAAAAAUUUGGAAGCACCUCCAGAUUCUCUGUAUACAGUGUACAUUAAAGAUUCAGAAACAACUCCAGAAUCUGUGACAGUGACAGCAGAGGUGAAUGAUUCAGAAGCAACUCCAGCAUUUGGGCCAGUGGCGGAAGAGGUGAAAGAUUUGGGAGUGGCUCCAGAAUUGGUGGUGGCUGCAGCAGCAGCAAAAGAUUUGGGAGUGGCUCCAGAAUCGGUGGUGGCUGUGGCAGCGGUGGAAGUUUCGGGAGUGCCUCCAGAAUUGGUGAUGGCUGCGGCAGCAACAAAGGAUUUGGGAGCGCCUCCAGAAUCGGUGGUGGCUGUGGCAGUGGUGGAAAUUUCGGGAGUGGAUCCAGAAUUGGUGGUGGCGGGGGCAGCAGCAAAAGAUUUGGGAGUGCCUCCAGAAUUGGUGGUGGCUGUGGCGGAGGCAAAUGAUUCCAAAGCAACUCCAGGAUCUGUGGCAGAAGUGAAGAAUGAUGAUCUUUUAAAAAAAAAGAAAGCAUAUGAAAAAAGUAAGAGUAGUGAUAAACAUAAACAAGAUGCAAAGAAAUUAAAAAGGAGUAAAUCUAAAUCUCUUUCACGAUCCAGGAAGCGGAAAAAAAAGUCCAGGUCACGUUCUGUCUCUAAACAUUUGAAAUAUAAAAGAGCAAGGUCUAGGAGCAGAAACUACUCGGAUUCCAGAAAGAACUAUUCCACAUCUUAUGACAAGUCUAGAUCCAGAUCUGUUGAAAAAAGAAGGGGCAAAGAAUCUUCACGGAGGUCUAGACGCAGACGCUCCAGGUCCUCUGAUGGUCUCAAGUCAAGGUCCAGAUCCACCGAUCAAAGGGAAGGCAAAGACUCUUCCUGGACGUCAAGACGCAGGCGCUCCAGGUCCUCUGAUCGUCUCAAGUCUAGAUCCAGAUCUGUUGAAAAAAGAGAGGGCAAAGGGUCUUCACGGAGGUCUAGACGCAGACGCUCCAGGUCCUCUGAUCGCUUCAAGUCUAGAUCCCAAUCUGUUGAAAAAAGAGAGCGCAAAGAUUCUUCAUGGAGGUCUAGACGCAGACGCUCCAAGUCCUGGGAUCGUCUCAAGUCUAGAUCCAGAUCUGUUGGAAAAAAAGGGCGUAAAGACUCUUCCUGGAGGUCCAGAUGCAGACGCUCCAAGUCCUCUGAUCGUCUCAAGUCUAGAUCCAGAUCUGUUGAAAAAAGAGAGCGCAAAGACUCUUCACGAAGGUCUAGACGCAGACGCUCCAAGUCCUCUGAUCGUCUCAAGUCUAGAUCCAGAUCCAGAUCUUUUGAAAAAAGAGGUGGCAAAGAAACUUCCUGGAGGUCCAGACGCAGGCGCUCCAAGUCCUCUGAUCGUUUCAAGUCCAGAUCCAGAUCCAGAUCUUUUGAAAAAAGAGGUGGCAAAGAAUCUUUCUGGAGGUCCGGACGCAGACGCUCCAAGUCCUCUGAUCGUCUCAAAUCAAAGUCCAGAUCCAGAUCUGUUGAAAAAAGAGGUGGCAAAGAAUCUUCCUGGAGGUCUAGACGCAGACGCUCCAAGUCCUCUGAUCGUCUCAAAUCAAAAUCCAGAUCCAGAUCUGUUGAAAAAAGAGGUGGCAAAGAAUCUUCCUGGAGAUCAAAACGCAGACGCUCAAAAUCCUCUGAUCAUUUCAAGUCAAGAUCGAGAUCUGUUGAAAAAAGAGGGGGCAGGGACUCUUCAUGGAGGUCUAAACGUAGACAUUCCAAGUCCUCGGAUUGUCUCAAAUCUAGAUCAAAAUCUGUUGAAAAAAGUGGGGGCAGAGACUCUUCACGGAAGUCUAAACGUAGACGCUCCAAAUCCACUGAUCAUCACAAGUCUAGAUCCAAAUCCGUUGAAAAAAUAAGUAGUAAAGAGUCUUCACGGAGGUCGAAACGUAGACGUUCCAAGUCCUCUGAUCGUCUCAAAUCUAGAUCCAAAUCUAUUGAAAAACUAGGAAGCAAAGAGUCUUCAUGGAGGUCCAGAUGCAGACGCUCGAAAUCCUUUGAUCAGCUAAAGUCUAGAUCUAGAUCCAAAUCUGUUGAAAAAAGAGAGAGUAAGGAGUCUUCACGGAGAUCUAGAAGUAAACGGUCCAAGUCUUCUGAACAUCACAAAUCUAGAUCCAAAUCUGUUGAAAGAAUAGAGGUACAGGAACCCUCACAGAGGUCUCGAAGUAGCCGCUCCAAGUCUUUUGAGCGUCACAAGUCCAGAUCCAAAUCCAAAUCUGUUGAAGAAAUAGAGGUUCAGGAGCCUUCACAGAGGUCUCGAAGUAGCCGCUCCAAGUCCUUCGAACAUCAAAAGUCUAGAUCCAAAUCUAUUGAAGAAAUAGAGACUCAGGAGCCUUCACGGAGGUUUCAAAGUAGCCAUUCCAAGUCUUCUGAACGUCACAUGUAUAGAUCCAAAUCUGUUGAUGAAAUAUUGGUUCAGGAGCCUUCACAGAGGUUUCGAAGUAGCCGCUCCAAGUCCUUGGAACAUCAAAAGUCUAGAUCCAAAUCUGUUGAAGAAAUAGAGGGCAAAGAAUUUUCACAGAAAUCUCAAAGUAGCCACUCCAAGGUUUCUGAGUGUCACGAGUCCAUAUCAAAAUCUGUUGAAGAAAUAGUGGUUCAGGAGCCUUCACAGAGGUCUCGAAGGAGCUGUUCCAAGUCUUUUGAACAUCUCCAGUCCAGAUCCAAAUCUGUUGAAGAAAAAGAGGCUCAGGAGCCUGCAGAGAGAUCUCGAAGCGGCCGCUCCGAGUCUUUGAAACGUCAAAUGUCUAUAUCCAAAUCUAUUGAAAAAGAAUGCAAAGAUUCUUCACAGAGGUCUCGAAGUAGCCGCUCCAAGUCUUCUGAACGUGUUAUGUCUAAAUCCAAAUCUGAUGAAGAAAUGGAGGUUCAGGAGCCUUCACUGAGGUCUCGAAGCAGCUGCUCCGAGUCUUUGGAGCGUCACACAUCUAGAUCCAAAUCUGUUGAAGAAAUAGAGGUUGAGGAGCUUUCCCGGAGGUCUCGAAGUAGCCGCUCCACGUCUUCUGAACGUCACAAGUCCAGAUCCAAAUCUGUUGAAGAAAUAGAGGUUGAGGAGCUUUCCCGGAGGUCGCGAAGUAGCCGCUCCAAGUCUUCUGAACGUCACAAGUCCAGAUCCAAAUCUGUUGAAGAAAUAGAGGUUGAGGAGCUUUCCCGGAGGUCUCGAAGUAGCCGCUCCAAGUCUUCUGAACGUCACAAGUCCAGAUCCAAUUCUGUUGAAGAAAUAGUGGUUGAGGAGCCUUCUCAGAGAUCUCGAAGUAGCCGCUCCACGUCUUCUGAAUGUCACAAGUCCAGAUCCAAAUCUGUUGAAGAAAUAGAGGUUCAGGAGCCUUUGCAUAGGUCCCAAAGCAGCUGCUCUGAGUCCUUGGAAUGUCAAAAGUCUAGAUCCAAAUCUAUUGAAAAAAUAGAGGGCAAAGAUUCUUCACCAAGGUCUCGAAGUAGCUGCUCCAAAUCUUCUGAAGGUCACAAGUCCAGAUCCAAUUCUGUCGAAGAAAUAGAGGUUGAGGAGUCUAUCCAGAGAUCUCGAAGUAGCCGCUCCAUGUCUUCUGAACGUCACAAAUCCAGAUCCAAUUCUGUUGAAGAAAUAGAUGUUGAGGAACCUUCCCAGAGGUCUCAGAGUAGCCGCUCCACGUCUUCUGAAUGUCACAAGUCCAGAUCCAAAUCUGAUGAAGAAAUGGAGGUUCAGGAACUUUCACAGAGAUCUCGAAGCAGCCGCCCUGAAUCCUUGGAACAUCAAAAGUCUAGAUCCAAAUCUGUUGAAAAAAUAGAGGGCAAGGAUUCUUCACCACGGUCUCGAAGCAGCCGCCCUGAAUCCUUGGAACGUCACAAGUCCAGAUCCAAAUCUGUUGAAAAAAUAGAGGUUGAGGAGCCAUCACAGAGGUCUCGGAGUAGCCGCUCCAAGUCUUCUGAACGUCACAAGUCUAGAUCCAAAUCUGUUGAAGAAAUAGAGGUUCAGGAGCCUUCACAUAGGUCUCGAAGCAGCCGCCCUGAAUCCUUGGAAUGUCAAAAGUCUAGAUCCUUAUCUGUUGAAAAAAUAGAGGGCAAAGAUUCUUCACCAAGAUCUCGAAGCAGCCGCUCCAAAUCUUCUGAGCGUCACAAGUCCAGAUCCAAAUCUGUUGAAAAAAUAGAAGUUGAGGAGCCAUCACAGAGGUCUCGGAGUAGCCGCUCCAAGUCUUCUGAACGUCACAAGUCUAGAUCCAAAUCUGUUGAAGAAAUAGAGGUUCAGGAGCCUUCACAUAGGUCUCAAAGCAGCCGCCCUGAAUCCUUGGAAUGUCAAAAGUCUAGAUCCUUAUCUGUUGAAAAAAUAGAGGGCAAAGAUUCUUCACCAAGGUCUCGAAGCAGCCGCUCCAAAUCUUCUGAGCGUCACAAGUUUAGAUCCAAGUCUGUUGAAAAAAUAGAGGUUCAGGAGCCAUCACAGAGGUCUCGGAGUAGCCGCUCCAAGUCUUCUGAACGUCACAAGUCUAGAUCCAAAUCUGUUGAAGAAAUAGAGGUUCAGGAGCCUUCACAUAGGUCUCAAAGCAGCCACCCUGAAUCCUUGGAAUGUCAAAAGUCUAGAUCCUUAUCUGUUGAAAAAAUAGAGGGUAAAGAUUCUUCACCAAGGUCUCGAAGUAGCCGCUCCAGGUCUUCUGAACGUCAUAAGUCCAGAUCCAAUUCUGUUGAAGAAAUAGAGGUUGAGGAGCCUAUCCAGAGAUCUCGAAGUAGCCGCUCCACGUCUUCCGAACGUCACAAGUCCAGAUCCAAAUCUGCUGAAGAAAUAGAGGUUGAGGAGCCUUCCCAGAGGUCUCAGAGUAGCCGCUCCACGUCUUCUGAAUGUCACAAGUCCAGAUCCAAAUCUGAUGAAGAAAUGGAGGUUCAGGAACUUUCACAGAGGUCUCGAAGCAGCCACCCUGAAUCCUUGGAAUGUCAAAAGUCUAGAUCCAAAUCUAUUGAAAAAAUAGAGGGCAAAGAUUCUUCACCAAGAUCUCGAAGCAGCUGCUCCAAAUCUUCUGAGUGUCACAAGUCCAGAUCCAAAUCUGUUGAAAAAAUAGAAGUUGAGGAGCCAUCACAGAGGUCUCAGAGUAGCCGCUCCAAAUCUUCUGAGCGUCACAAGUCCAGAUCCAAAUCUGUUGAAAAAAUAGAAGUUGAGGAGCCAUCACAGAGGUCUCGGAGUAGCCGCUCCAAGUCUUCUGAACGUCACAAGUCUAGAUCCAAAUCUGUUGAAGAAAUAGAGGUUCAGGAGCCUUCACAUAGGUCUCAAAGCAGCCACCCAGAAUCCUUGGAAUGUCAAAAGUCUAGAUCCUUAUCUGUUGAAAAAAUAGAGGGCAAAGAUUCUUCACCAAGGUCUCGAAGCAGCCGCUCCAGAUCUUCUGAGCGUCACAAGUCCAGAUCCAAAUCUGUUGAAAAAAUAGAGGUUCAGGAGCCAUCACAGAGGUCUCGGAGUAGCCGCUCCAAGUCUCCCAAACUUCAAAAGUCUAGAUCCAAAUCUAUUGAAAAAAUAAAGGGCAAAGAUUCUUCACAGAGGUCUCGGAGUAGCCACUCCAAGUCUCCUGAACUUCAGAAGUCUAGAUCGAAAUCUGCUGAAAAAACAAAGGACAAGGUGUCUUCACAGAGGUCUAGAAGAAAACGCUCCAAAUCUUCUCAACGUCACAAGUCUAGAUCCAAAUCAGUUGAAAAAGUAGAGGGCAAAGCGUCUUCACAGAGGUCUAGAAGCAAGCGCUCUAAAUCCUCUGAGCGCAAAUCACAAAAACAUGAUAGCGAAUCACGGCCCAGACGAAAUCGGUCUCGUUCAGUAGCACGUAAAAGACUGUCAAAAUCUAAAUCUAAUCAUCGGUCUCGGACACGCUCUCUGUCACGUUCAAGACACAGGAGGAGGACUCGGUCAAGAUCAGUGUCAAAAAGGAGACGGUCUUUAUCAAGAGAGAGACACAAAAGAUCUCAAAGGAACAGAUCAAGGUCUGCUGAUCGAAGACGACGACGAUCAAACUCAAGGGAUCACCGAAUAGUGCUCAGGUUACGGACCAGAAGUCGAACACCUAUUCGACGAAAACGGUCUAGGUCAGUGGGAAGAAGACGAAGCUCUAGCAAAUCACCAGUUCGACUAAGAAGAUCAAGAUCACCUGGGAGAAGGAGAUGCUAUAGCAGAUCACCUGAUCGUCAGAGAAGGUCCAGAUCAUCCGACAAGUUUUCAAGCAGAUCACCUAAACGUCUUACAGACUUAGACAAGGCCCAGCUACUUGAAAUAGCCAAAGCUAAUGCUGCUGCCAUGUGUGCUAAGGCUGGUGUCCCCUUACCACCAAGCUUACUGCCUAUUAUAGCUCCAGCAAAGAAGGAGGAGAAAGUUACUCAGAAGUCAGCAAGAGAUACAAUAAAGGAGCUCACUGAGAAAUGCAAGAAGAUUGCACAAAGCACAGAUGAUGUGAUUGUGAACAAGCCUCAUGAUUCUGAUGAAGAGGAGGAGGAACGCCCUUUCUAUAAUCAUCCUUUUAAACUCAAUGAACCUAAACCCAUUUUUUUCAACUUAAAUACCACUCCUAUCGUAAAACCAGCACCAAAAAAUCAGGUAACAUUGACAAAGGAGUUCCCUGUCUCAUCUGGGUCUCAACACAGGAAAAAGGAAGCUGACAGUGUCUAUGGAGAAUGGGUUCCAGUUGAGAAAAGUAAAGAAGAAAGCAAAGAUGAUGUUUUCCCCAAACCAGCUCUUGCACAGACUGUGGACAUCUCUACAGCAAUGAAUGAACGAACAAUGGCUCAGAAGAGGCUUACAGAAAAUACAUUUGACUUAGAGGCCAUGUGCUUGUUAAAUCGUGCACAGGAACAGAUUGAUGCUUGGGCGCAGUCAAACUCUCUACCGGGCCAAUUCACAGGAAGCACUGGAGCACAGAUUUUGUCCUCAGAUGAGUUGUCCAACAGCGGUCCCCAAGCCUGGAUUAGAAAGGAUCAGUUCUUAAGAGCAGCCCCUGUAACUGGAGGAAUGGGAGCCCAGCUGAUGAGAAAAAUGGGCUGGAGAGAAGGAGAGGGACUAGGAAAAAACAGAGAAGGAACUGUGGAGCCUAUCCUAGUGGAUUUUAAGACAGAUCGAAAAGGCCUUGUUGCAGUGGGAGAAAAGACACAAAAGAGAUCGGGACAUUUUAGUGUAAUGAAGGAUCUUUCAGGUAAACAUCCAGUUUCUGCAUUGAUGGAGAUAUGUAAUAAAAGAAGAUGGUCACCACCUGUAUUCGUAUUGGUGGAUGAUAGUGGGCCUGAUCAUCGCAAACAUUUUAUCUUCAAGGUGAUGGUCAAUGGGCAUGAAUACAGGCCUAGCUUUCCCAGCCUUAAUAAGAAGCAUGCUAAAGCCACAGCAGCAACUGCGGCUCUCCAAGCGAUGGGACUUGUACCAAAGGAGAGCAUGCCCAAUGCCACCAUCUUCAGGAGUGCCUCACACCGCUAGAUAUUGUUUUUUAUAUUGACAUUAUUUCAGAUAAUUUUAUUCUGCACAAGAAAGGUAUUUCCCCGUUUCAUGUUGUAAAUACAUUGGUGAUUCCCACAUUGUAAAAACUGUACAGACACCUUCAGGAUUUUCUUUUGUACCAUCAAAAAUGUAUUUAAAUCAUACUUAGUUUUUGGUAUGUUUAUAUUGUUUACAUUAGUGAUGUAAUUAUUCCUUAAAUGACUAAAUUCAACAGGCAGACUCUGGAGGGCAUCAGUAAUCUAAACCCUUGUUUUAAAAUUCAUGCAAUUUCUCUUCAAUAUGGAAUGUUAACACUUUUUCAUACUCUUUUGUACUAUAAUGCAGUUUUCCCUGGUCUAGGUAAAGCUACUGUUGUAGUACUUUUGCCUAUAGCCAGAACAAGGCUGCACAGAUUAUCAUAGUCUAGAAAGGCUGGUAUGUACUGCUGGACAGAUACUGGGCCAGUAAUGUUACCCCCUCCAAGGAGGUAGGUAAAUUGUGGUACUGUUGUACAAUGCUUACAUUACCACUUCUGUCUUGUUUGGGGUUUAAGUCAAUGGUGUACUGCAACUGGCCAUAUUGCUUAUCUUUUAAAACUAAAAAUAGGCAAAUGACCUCACUUAAAUGGGAGGGAAGAAAGUCCAGCGAUGAAAUUGAUGAGAACUGCUGUGUAAAAACAUCUCUCCCCUGCAUGUUCUGGUAAGGAGAUAUGAAAUUGUCUAUUCCAGUCUCAAAUUAACACACUGCCUGAUGUUGAUUGUAUGAAUUUGUGGUUAAUGUGAAUUUUAAACUAUAACAAAUCUACAACUGGAUGGGGGCUAGAACGAUGCUCCAAUUGUUGUACCCAGCUCAGUCAAUAAAGCCGCACAAGUUCAUAAUCUUAAUCAUUGGUCAGUGAACAGUAAUUAAGAUCUGUGCCAAAGCAGUAAUUUAGAAAGUAUGUAUCAGGGGGGCAGCAAUAGUGAAAUGUUUUCAGUUGUUUAUAAAGUUACCAAGCUAAUUUUUGGCCUCAUGUUUUCUGUGCUGGUACACAUCACAGAAUGAGGGUUUUGUUUUAAGUUUGAUUCAAAGUUUUGGCAGUUUUUGAUAAUGAAAGUAAGUGGGGAAAAUAGGCAGUCUGUUUUUCUCUUUUUAAAAAUACCUCUAACUUGGUGAUAGUAGGGGGUUUGCAAACUUGCAGUGGGGGAAAAUAAUUCUCAUGUCAUACUUUGAGUUAUAAAUCUUAGAAAAUGG